CGCGUAUUCCUGGAGUGGGGAACAGCUGAGACAGGAUGUAAGGGAGGAACUGGGGUCUCAGUCCCGAAGCAGCUGGGGCUGCAAGAGGAAGGAGCCAGGCUGUGUGAGCAGAGGCCUCCUGGCUCAGGAUGGGGGCCCCCCGGCCUCAGUGCUGGGCUCUCGGCCUCGCGCUCUGCCUCCUGCCCGCGGGUCUGCACGCAGCAGAGAGCCGUCCCUCUCUCCUCUACCAUUUCACUGCCGUGUCCCCUGCUGUGCCCGGAUCGCCUGCCUUUUGGGUGUCGGGCUGGCUGGGUCCCCAGCAGUACCUGAGCUACAACAACCUGCGGCCCCAGGCUGAACCCUACGGGGCCUGGGUCUGGGAACACCAGGUGUCGUGGUAUUGGGAGAAGGAGACCACAGACCUCAGGGUCAAGGAGAAGCUCUUCCUAGAUGCUUUAACCGUCCUGGAGGAAGGAGGGUCCUACACCCUGCAGGGUCUACUGGGCUGUGAGUUGGGACCCAACAACGUGUCGGUGCCCGUGGCCAAGUUCGCCCUGAACGGUGAGGAGUUCAUGAGCUUCCUCCCGAGGGCCAGCAACUGGACGGGGAACUGGCCGGAGUCGGAGGCCAUUGGGAAAAAGUGGGCCGAGCAGGCGGACACCAUCAACAAGGAGAAGACGUUCCUGCUCUACUCCUGCCCACAGCGGCUGCUGGGCCACCUGGAGCGGGGCCGCGGGAACCUGGAGUGGAAGGAACCGCCCUCCAUGCGCCUGAAGGCCCGGCCAGGCAGCCCUGGCUACUCGGUGCUCACGUGCAGUGCCUUCUCCUUCUACCCGCCCGAGCUGCAGCUGCGUUUUCUCCGCAACGGGCUGGCAGCCGGCUCCGGGGAGGGCGGCCUUGGCCCGAACGGCGACGGCUCCUUCCACGCAUGGACGUCACUCACCGUCAAGAGUGGGGACGAACAGCACUACCGCUGCCUGGUGCAGCACGCAGGGCUGGCACAGCCCCUGACGGUGGAACUGGAAACGCCUUCCAAGUCAUCGGUGCCUGUGGUGGGCCUGGUCCUGGGUGUCCUGCUCGUCGUGGGGGCUGUCGGGGGAGCCCUGCUCUGGAGGAAAAUGAGGAACGGGCUGCCCGCUCAGUGGAUCUCUUUCAGUGGAGACGAUGUUGGUGCCCUCCUGCCCACUCCUGGCCAAUCCAAGGAUGCCCAUUCUUAGGACAGGAACUGAGCUGAUAUUUGCUGUCCCCCGUCCUGGUUGCUUCCUGCUAUUGUGGUCAGGUCUCUUUCAUGCUGUGACAUCUGGAAUCCUGAGCCUCCAGAAACCCCGGGCCUGACGCCCUUCCCGUGGAUUCCUCCUCCUGUGGCCUGCCACAGUUUCCCUUCCUGUUAUCCAUGGUUCUUCAUCUUUGACAUAUAACAUGAGUUGGGCCCAAA